AUGUCUCUCAUCUUGCCAGAAUGGGUGGCUCACUACAACGACGAGAAAAAGGCAAAGCGCUCCACCAUCUUCAGCGUCGCCGUCCAUCCGGACUCGAGCCGUUUGGCUACCGCCGGCUUGGACACCAAGAUCCGCAUCUGGGCCACUGCAACCAUGCUCUCGGAAGCAACCGAAGCAGACGCCAACUCACAUCGCCUCCUCUCCACCCUCUCCAGACACACCGGCAGCGUCCUCGUCGUGCGCUGGGCAAACUCCGGCCGCUUCCUCGCUUCCGGCUCCGAUGACACCGUCGGCCUCAUCUGGGACCUCGACCCCAGCGGCAUGGGCGGCGGAAGCUUCGGCUCCGACGACGUUAACAUCGAAAGCUGGAGACCCCACCGUCGCCUAGCAGGUCACGAAUCCGACGUCGUCGAUCUUGCUUGGGCGCAGGACGACGAAUUCAUCGCCACCGUCGGGCUCGACUCCAAGGUCUUUAUCUGGUCCGGCUCCAGCUUCGACCGCCUCCGCACCAUCGACGCUCACCAAGGCUUUGUCAAGGGCGUCGUCUUCGACCCCUUGGGCCAGUUCCUCGCCACCGCCUCCGAUGACAAGACCGUCAAAGUAUGGCGCACCUCCGACUGGAGCCUCGAAAAGUCCGUCACCGAGCCAUUCACCACCAGUCCCUCCACCGCCUUCUUCCGCCGUCCCAGCUGGUCCCCGGACGGCAGCUUGCUCCUCUGCGCAAACGCCAUGAGCGGCCCCGUCUUUGUCGCAAGCGUCGUCAAGCGGGCCCAGUGGACGAGCGACAUCUACUUUGUCGGCCACGAGAACGCCGUCGUCGUCACCGCAUUCAGUCCCAAGAUCUUUGUCGGCUUCGACGGAGGCACUCACUCUUGCGUCGUCGCCUUGGGCUCCCUCGACCAGUCGGUCUCCAUCUGGGUCACCGGCCUCGAGCAGCCCGUGCUCGUGGCCAGAGACGUAUUCGAGCGCCAGGUCAUGGACCUCUCAUGGUCCGCCGACGGCUACACCCUCUACGCCUGCUCGUCCGACGGCACCGUCGCCGUCUUCAAUCUCACUCCCGACAUCAUCUCCGAUGCUCUCAGCGCAGAGAGACUCGAGCAGUCGCGCGCCAAACACGGCGUCAAGAGGAUCCGCAACACCGUCGGUCCAUCCAGCUCCGCCGUGGCGCUGGGCACCUCGGAUCGUCCCAACGUCCUCCAACCCCGCAAAGCCGGACAAGCGCAACCCGCAAGAGCCUCCGUUGCACCUGUGCCCAUCGCGGGCAGCGUGGCACCCGUACGACCAGCGUCAGCCAAAACAGAACGUCUUCAGCAGACCAUCACCAUCACCAAGGAUGGCAAGCGUCGCAUCAGACCCACGCUCAUCGGAGACGACCUCGCACCUCCACCGCCACCCGCUGCUCAGUAUACAUCCGAGCCAGCCAAUGCCAACGCGAUACGUCAGCAUCACCUUCCGGCCAUGCGCGAGGCCUUGGGCGGAACCACGACCGACGGAUUCGGUCCUGGUCCGGACGUCAACGGUGCACAUACAGGCAUGGCCAACGGCAGCCUCCCAUCGAGCACCGCUGCCAUGGCCGCUCAAUCGUCGGUCAUGAUUCCACACGCCACGGCUGCCUCGAUGAUGCCCUACGUGCCCGUGGGGCUGCCUUUCGGCAUCAUGCCCGAAGGCGCCACUCCCGAGGCCAUGAUGGAGUUCUGGGCCGAGUUUCAGCAGCGUUUCAUGCGAGGCAAGAAGCGUCGAGCAGACCAGACCGAGUCCGACUCGGAAGACAUUGAGCCCAUCGGCAAGUUGCAAAAGGGCAAGACACGAUCUGACAUUGGUCGAACACUGGGCGGCGAUACGACACGCGAUCCGCCCGGUCCCAAGAAGGUGCUGCGCGAGGCGUUGACCGGAGUAAGCGGUAUUGUCGAGCAUGGCGUGCGCAAGGGCGUCCACCUUGCCGUCCCCGAAACGCUCAGCGUCUAUCGUCGCGAAGAGGACGGAGUGACGAUCGAGGUGCGCAACUUUGACGAGUCACGGCCCACCGAGAUCACCCAGAUCGACUCGGCAGACAAGGACCGAGUGCUGUGGAUUGACUUCAGUCCGACAGCGGCCACCUUGGCGACCGCCACGGCCUUCUUCUCUGCAGUGGCGCUCGAGGACGCGACCGUGUUGAUCUACACGACGCGAGGACGCAGGAUCGGCAAUCUGCUGCUCGACUCGGCUUGCUACCGGCUGGAAAGCAACGGCGUGGUGCUCAUGGCAGUCACAGUGUCGGGACUGAUGUACCGGUGGAAUAUCCGAAGCGACCGCGAAAUCCAUCGGCCAGUGUCGGUGCUCAACGUGCUUGGAGAGCCGGAGAACCUGGUGUCCAUGUCGGUGCACACCAACGGCGCGCCGAUCGUGAUCCUGCACAGCGAGAAGGCCUACACGUUCGACGACAAGAAGCUGGGAUGGGUAUGCAUCAGUGACGGAUGGUGGGCCGAGCACUCGGAAGCAUGGGAUGGCCGAACGCGCAGCCGCGGCAACGAGGCGUCGAGCCGCGACCCGGUGCGCGCGGUCGAGGCGGAGAUCAACACGAUGUACGUGCGUCGCGUGCACGGCGACAAUCCGGUGGGUGCGCAGGAAGAGUCCGAGGACGACGAGUCGCCGCCGGUGGAGAUGAGCGUGCCGGAAGACAAGAAGUCGGACUUUGUGAUCGCAGUGACGCUGCGACAUCUCGAGGCGAGGAUGAUGGCGGCGGUGAUUCUGGACAGUGCCACCGAGUACAAGAACCACCUCAUGGCGUACGCCAAGCGGCUUGGCGAGGAGGGCAUCAAGAACCAGGCGGAGGAUCUGAUCAAGUCGCUCAUCGGGCCCAUCUACUACAAGCCCGAGAAGCAGCAGGAUGCGUAUUGGGAGUCGAGCAUCCUGGGCCUGGACAAGCGCCAGCUGUGUGGGCAGGUGCUGCAGAUCCUCGCGAGGCCGCGCAACCUCACCUCGCUGGUGCAGCCGUACCACGAGAUCCUGGCCAACAUGAAGUCGUAG